GAAGCCAAAGCACGAGAUCUACCGUUAAAGCUUUACGAUUGUUCAUUUUGCGAUCACGUAGAUGGCGAACUCAUCUGCUUUCCAGUGAAUAAUUCAAGGUUCGUUCCAUAUGGCGGCUGAUUUCUUUGCGCCUCCACACUUUGAUACUAGACCUAUCGGCUCCACUCGUCUUUAAAGGCAGUACAUGUUGGCUUCGGCGCACCAAACAUAUAUGCCAGCUUUUGAUAACUUUCGAUAUACAGAAUUAAAUAUGGUCUCAUCAGCUCCCAAGCUAGACAUCAUCAUUGUUGGUGCUGGCCUCAGCGGCCUAGGAGCAGCCAUAUCAUGUGCACUUGGUGGCCACUCUGUAAAAGUGCUUGAGGCAGCUUCGCAAAUAGCUGAGGUCGGCGCAGGACUCCAGAUCACGCCUAAUGCUUCCAAGAUCCUUCAGCACUGGCAGCUCCGGUCUUCGUUUUGGGAAGCCGGGGCCGAACCCACCAAGUUGACUGUGCAUCGAUAUGAUGGAAAAGUGCUGGCCCACCAAUCGACAUUCAGCGAAAAAAUUCGAUCGCGGUAUGGAGCGCCGUUCAUUGACAUGCAUCGAGCAGAUCUGCAGCAAGCACUCGUUGCCAGAGCUAAAGACUUAGGCGUCCAGUUCUUCCUUGGGGAGCGCGUAGAUGACAUCGAUUUCGAAUCCACAACCGUGAGGACCGUGUCUGGCAACUCUUACUCUGGCGAUCUGAUAGUAGCUGCUGAUGGUCUGUGGUCGAAAUGUCGCGAGUUGUUUCUCGGACGCAAAGAUGAGCCGCUACCAACCGGGGAUUUGGCGUACCGUAUCGUCCUUUCCGCCAAAGAUAUUGAGGAUGAAGCACUCCGGAGCUGGAUCCGCAAUCCGGAAUGUCACUUUUGGAUUGGUCCGGAGUCUCAUGUAGUAGGCUACUCGCUGAAGGGUGGAGAGCAAUUCAACCUCGUGUUGCUAUGUCCAGACAACCUGCCUGAAGGACUUGCACGGCAAGCAGGUUCGCUAGAUGAAAUGCGAAAGCUUUUCGAAGGCUGGGAUCCUGUCCUCACGAGAUUCCUCUCCUGCGUCAAGACCGUGGAUAAGUGGAAGUUGAUGCACCGUGAGGAGAUGGAAAGCUGGGUCAACGAGAAAAGUAAUUUGGUCUUCAUUGGAGAUAGUUGUCACGCGAUGCUGCCUUACUUAGCACAAGGAGCCAACAGUUCGCUUGAGGACGGAGCUGUACUAGGUCUUAUCCUUGGUAAGAUAUCUGACAAGAGCCAGUUGGCUGGUGCACUGCACAUGUACGAAAAUCUACGAAAGAAGAGAGGCGAAGCAAUCGUUCGAGAAACAUUCAAACAACGCCGCGACUUCCAUAUGCCAGAUGGCGCAGAGCAAGAAGCCCGAGACCGAAUCUUUAUGUCCAGGUUCGAGAAGGAGGAUGAGACCAACGAACCCUUCCCCAGUCGUUGGACGUGUCCCGUAGUUCAGAGAUGGUUAUACGGCUAUGACGCAGUUAGAGAAGUAGAAGAGGCUGUGGCGGCAAACCCGACUUUUCAAUAUUAAAGAUCGGUAGUUGAUGCAGCCAGAACUGCACGUUAGCGAUAGGAAAUACCACGCGUACCACAUUUCCAUCAA